AUGGACUGGUUUAGAAAGAAAAGCGACGAGGACUCGCUGGAACUCCGUAAGUCGCAGACCGCCAACUCCAAGCUAAAGCUCACAGACCUGCUUUAUAAUGGAGGCAAGUUUGAGCCCGAGAAAGCGCCUAUUUCGGGCGAGGGGGAGAGGAAAGCUGGCGAGUUCAGCGCAGAGCUGAACCGCCAAUUGCGCGAGAAGGAAGAACGAAUUUUGCGAAACAAGCGUAUAAGAAGCCGGCCUGGCUCACUGGUGGAGCAAAAGGAGAAUAUCAGCGUGCGGCCGGUGCUAGAACUGGAAAAAGUUGAAUUGAACGAACUUAAACGCCGCGUGACCAAGCUGGAAGGAUCGCUUGAGGACGCAAAGUUGCGCAACGGUCUGCUAGAGCGUAAACUGGGUGAGGAGAAAAGACAGUAUGAGCAGCGGAAUCGCGAACUAGAAGUUAAAGAAAGAGACCUGAAAUCAAAGGAAGCACAACAGGAAGCACGCAUCGAGCGAUUACAGAAAGUUGUGCACGAGCUCAGACACAAGACAGAGCGAUUAGAAGCUGAGAAAUCGAUGCUAGAGUCAAGGGCUCGUGAGAGCGAUCGUUUAGAACGGAAACUAGAAAGUCUAGAAUCGAUGAACAGCCGGCUUGAGAAAUCCGAACGCGCAGUGAGUCGAUCGCAAGUCGAGCUGCAGCGUGCCAAUCACAAGUUGAGUUUGAAAGAGGAGGAGUGCGAGGAAUUGCUGGCUGCCAACACGCAGCUGAAGAGACGACUCCAAAACUUUAUGGACGAACAAAACAGAAACAAAGAUCUAGAGAUCAGACGUUUGAGAGCGCAACUAAACAAACAGGACGUGAAGGUGCCUGUUGAGGACCCCACGUUGGACACGGCCAUGAUCUACAAGCUUUCUUUGAACGAAAUCAUCGCGAAACAGACUCACAACGACGACUCGACGCACGAACUUUUCAAAUCCACUUCUCUGAUACCGGAAACCGACGAGUUCGCUUCCACCACAGCAUUGUUCAAUACCAAGCCUGCUGAGAAUACAGACUAUUUGCUCAGUUUGUAA